AUGCCCGUCUCACCCUUUAAGGACCUUAUCCUCGAUCAGCGCCCACCAGGGCUCCUCGUGUGGGACUCAAUGGCCUCCGUAGAUGUCCUUGAUGCUCCACUUCGCUGCGGCAUCGGCGGUAUCACAUUGGAGGCCUCGCCUACUCUGCGACUAGCUCGGUCUCUACCUCCAGAUAGACAUUGGGAUCGUCGUCUCCUCAUUGCUGCCAUUCCACUUCUUGAGACUCCGUGUGGGGUGGGCGGAAAGGAUGAUGACGUUUUACCUGUUGUGCGGAUCUCUGGCGCUAUCACCAAUGAGGAUCGAGCAUUUGGAGCUUCCCUUAGCUAUGCAAUUUCAAUGAAAUUUAACGAAGAGGGUUUGCCGAGGACGCGACGGUUGGAGGUGUGUAACAGACUUUUUUGCCUUCGGAUGAAUCAGCAAGGCGGAGAAUUAGAAGUUCUAGUAGUAGAAACAAGAAUUUUCUUUUUAUGUAAAGGCAAACAUUUUUAG